CCCAAUGAGAGGCUCGCGGCGGACUGUUGCUGAAUGAAAAUAACAGAGGCCAUUUUGCGCACGACGCCGCGGCAUCAUUCACUAAUAACACAAACGGAAACAAAUUCAGUCCAUUUGUGGGGGCUGACGCGGCCGCUCCAGCGUCGGUAGAGUCGGGACUGCGGCGCGACUAGCCCCGGAGAGGCAUGCGGUAACUUAAUUGUGCCGCCGCCGCUGUGCCGCCUCCUUCUCCUCGGAGGGUCGUGUCGUAAGGAGGAAAGGGGACAGGGGGCAGCUUCACCGCAUUGCUACCCGAGGCCCGCUGACCCCCCGAGAGAGAGAGGGAGUUGCCUUCACUUUAGCCGGCCGACAGCGGCAACAUCCAUGCGCGUCGAAAAACAGGUGUACAGUUUCAUCAUACGGACGGACGCCCCGCUAGCUGCCGAGCCGCUGUAGCUCGCCGUGUUCGUCACUUUGUGCGCUUGUUGGAAGGAGGACUUUUCACAUGGGAGAGGCCGGCUACCUGACGGUGAGCUCCGGAAUCUGUCGAGCGAGGCGGCAGUCGUUUUAAGGCAUUAAACGGGGCAAGACCUGGGACUAAAGCUUGAUCGGAAGGAGAGGCCUGUCUGGAACGGAGAGAAGACGAAAAAAAAAAAAUCAGAACGGAAAAAGACAAAAGAUAAAGGAACGGGAACUUGGACUCACAGCUCACCUAUACCUGACUCUUCCUAGCAAGUCUCCAGUCUUUUGGUUUUAUGACGGAAAGUGUGUCCCCCUGCAGUAGAUCAGUAAGAAGUGCUCUUCAAUAUGAAUACAGAUAGCGGAGGAUGUGUUCGCAAAAGUGUGGCCUUGUCACUCAUACUCUCUCCCAUGAAGAGGGUCCAGAGCUCACCAAAUCUAGCCACAGGGAGUGAUUCUCAGUCAUCAGACUUGGAUUCUUGGCGGUCACGCAGUGCAACAGACGGCCUUAAGAAUGGAGAUGCCAGCAGCUCAUCUCUUGCUGCCAAAGGCUUCCGCAGUGUCAGACCCAACCUUCAGGACAAAAAGUCGCCCACCCAGGGGCCUCCCUCCCCUGACCCCACAGCACGGCACUCCCCCUAUCGCUGCCACAGCUCAGAGUCACUCGACUACCUGUCAGGCCUAAUGCCCAAGGCCCUAUCGCCAACACCGUAUGUUCCUACUGGAGCUGGCGUCGCAGCUGGUGCGGUCAGCGGGCCGAGCCUUACCGCAGUCAGCAGCGUGAGCAUCGGUGGCUGUGUGUCACCCUCCGCUUCCCCUGUGACUGUGUCGGCUCUCAGCCACUACUCGUCAUCCACGGCGGGUCUGCUGGACGAGCUGCAGAUCUGUAGCCUGGACUCACCUGGCGCCUCACCCACGCCAUCGCCCACUCUCAGCCAUGUCUCUGCCUACACAUCCACUGCUGGCCCUGAUGAUGUGCUAACAACUUCUGUGGCCUCCACUGCUGCAGCAGCCACUGUCACUAACGGCCAGGUCCUCUCUCACGCUAUGAAUGGAAGCACUAGCCAUCCACAAAGGCCCCUGUCCCCCCCAUCCUAUCCUCCACCCCCUGUCUCGCUCCACACUGGGCUCCAGAGACAGAGCAGGAGUUCAGAGGGCAGCGAGUCAGUCACCAGAGAGUCCAUGGUGUCAGGCCACACCAGCGUCAGCAGCACUGUGCCCAUCGCCCGCUUCUCAGAAGAAGAAAAGAAGGUGUCUGUCAUUAAAGCCCCACAUUAUGAAGGCAUUGGCCCUGUGGACGAGUCGGGUAUCCCUAUUGCCAUCCGAACGACGGUGGAUAGGCCUAAGGAUUGGUACAAAACUAUGUUUAAACAGAUUCACAAAGUCCACAAAGCAGAUGAUGACUAUUCUGACACAUACAGUGCAGCUUAUGCUGUCAUAAACAACGAUGACUACAGCCUGUCCUCCAGCACCACCAUGGCCCACCCAGCUCCUCGGACACAUACCUACAGGCCUCUAUCUAAGAGCCCUUCAGACAACGGAGGCCAUCUGGGGUCUCAGGAGCCUUCGCCAUCCCCUGUACCCCCACCGCCACCACCCAUGCCAUCCCUCCUCCAACUGAGGGCCAAUGAGAAAGAUUCAACAGACAUGAAUGAAUGGGGUCCUCCUGACCGGAAAGUGGAUACGCGAAAGUAUCGCGCAGAACCCAAGAGUAUUUUUGAGUAUGAGCCUGGGAAGUCCUCCAUUUUGGAGCAUGAAAGACCAACCUAUGAUGACAUAGAUUUAGAGAACGAGCCUUGGUAUAAGUUCUUUUCCGAGCUGGAGUUUGGGCGGCCGCCUCCUAAAAAACGGCUGGAUUAUAAUCCAGACAUCUCCGCUCGCCAGCGCAUUGAGACAUCUCUUCACAUCGCUCCUGCUGACAAGCCUCCAGAGAGACCUGCAAGCGCUGCCAGCGACUACAGGAAGAGAAGGAAGUCUGAGCCGUCAAGUUCCCAAGUGAAUGCCCAGUCUCAGAGCAGAGCUGCAACUUCCCCUAAACCAGUGGAUGCCUACAGACCCAGCAGCAGCUUAAAGAAACCUGUCAUUCGUUCCUCACCAUCCUCACCCUCGAGAGCCAAAGACCAGGAUGUCUCCAGGAGUUAUUCCACCAUGGAUGGACGCCACACACCUCAGAGUAGAAGACCUACUCCUGACAGAGAGAAACAGCCUGCGAGAGCCAUUUAUGAUUUUAAGGCACAAACUGCUAAGGAGCUGACAUUUAAAAAGGGGGAUGCAGUGAACAUCAUCAGGCAGAUAGAUACUAACUGGUAUGAAGGAGAACACCGGGGACGGGUGGGAAUAUUCCCUAUAUCAUACGUAGAGAAAAUGCCGUCCGCAGAGAAGCAGCAGCCAAUCCGUCCUCCUCCCCCAGCGCAUGUCAGAGAGAUUGGAGAAGCAGUGGCACGCUACAACUUCAAUGCUGACACCAACGUGGAGCUAUCGCUAAGAAAGGGUGAGAGAGUGAUUGUGAUCAGGCAGGUAGAUCAGAACUGGUAUGAGGGGAAGAUCCCAGACACAACCAAACAGGGCAUCUUUCCUGUGUCCUACGUUGACAUCGUCAAACGCUCCCCGUCCAAGAGCUCCUCCCACCACAUAGAUUCACAUGGUUACCCUGGCAACAGGACACCAAGCUCCACACCCAUCAAGCCUUUCUAUCAUCUACCUCCAUCUUCCACCACCCGUGACCUCCCCUCUCCUCACCCCUCUUUGAGAAGGCUUGACCUGCAAGCUGUCACCAGCGAGUGGCUCUCCCUCACCAUGGAACCACCAGCGUCCCCUCAAGCUCGCUCCCUCACAACCACCCCUCUACCGCCCACACCGCCUCCUCUCCCCGCCGACCUCACACCUUUCCUAAAUGCUCAGGAGCCUAAGGCGCGCUCCCCUGUGCCAUCACAAAAAAGCCUCGCCCUUUCACCUCAGGCAGUUUCCAGAACCCCCACCUUUAAAGAGGGGACCCUUAGUUUAGGUCACACCACACCUGUCCAGUCUUUCUCCCAGCCUACUCCGCUUCCUCCUCCUCCUCCUCCUCCUCCUCCACCUCCUCCCCCAGCCCCUUAUUCCUCAUUCUCCUCUCCACUUCAUGACUCUUCACUUCCAUAUAACAGUGCCACGGGGUUACAUAUCACUGAAGCACCCGAAACAUUCAUUACUAAGCCAAAGGUUUCGUCCUGCGCAGUGUCAGGGCCAAUUAAGUCGCCCACACAGCUUCCACGACAGCACGGGUCCACAGUGCCGGUGAACAAAAGCAGCAAAACCCCUGACAUUGAGUUGCGAGUAAGCGACCCUUACGACGAGUUGCUGUCCAUGAUUCUGGAUGGAUCCAGCAGCACAGAGGACGUUUUAAGAUUGUAUCCAGUAGAUUCUCCACCAGCCCAGCCGACCGCUGAAUCUCAGAGCAGAUGGCUACCGCUGAACGCCAAAGAAUCCCGUCAGCCAGCAGUAGCUCCAGCAAGCGACUCAGCUGGCGGUGUUCGGUUAGAAGUUCAGCUUCACAAGCCGGUAGCAGUGGAGCCGCUAUCCAUUCUGUUAGGAGAGCAGUCGAAAACUGUAAAGGAGCAGCCGUUUGAGUCUCAGAGACCACCGUCAGUAAAACAAAAAGGAUACACUGAGUUGUUCAUUGAGGAAGAGGAUGAAGCUGGAGAGGACAACGAGGAGGACGUUAGAGUUUUAAAUGAGAGACUCAGUCCACAGGCAGAAGUCUCUCCUCCCACUCUGACACAGUUUCCUCACCCCGGCCCCUCCUCACCCUCCAUACCGCCACCUCUGACCUCCGCACUCCCCCCUCCUCCGCCUUCUGCUUCUUCUCCAUCUUCUCCUUUCUCCCGGUCACAACAGCAUGAUCGCAGCAUCCUCCCUCCUUGUCCCCCUGCCUCCCCUCGGCCCCCAUCCCUCCCUCAACUUUCGACAUCGCCUGUACCUCCAGCCUCUCCGGCUGUCUCACCACCUCCCCUCCACUUCUCUCACCCCUCUCCAGACCUUCCCUCACAGCGCUCUGUCCCUCACCCUCCAAGCUCUCCCAGUCUCUCCACUCCAGUCACGCCCUGCCCCGUCUCAAGGUCGCCUUUCCCCCCUCCCGUCCCGUCUCCCGCUAAAACUGCCUCUCCUCCCCUCUCCACUCCACGCUCUCCCCCCACUGUCCCUGCUCUACCCCAUCCAGGACGUAGGUCUCCCAAGGUGAAGGAUCCAGUUGUUGGCGGUAAGCCUCCUCGUAGCCCCAUCUUGUCCCGGAGGUCCUAUCUGUCACCCGUUAGAGGUCGAAGGCGAUUAGUACAAGAUGCACUCCACGGUGGAGGAGACCCGUACCAGGCCUUGUACAACUACAUGCCUCGCAACGAGGACGAGCUGGAGCUGAGGGAAGGAGACGUUGUUGAUGUGAUGGAGAAGUGCGAUGAUGGCUGGUUUGUUGGGACCUCUCGAAGGAGCAAGCUGUUUGGAACCUUCCCAGGAAACUACGUGAAGCAGCUAUAAUGAUGAUUCCAGACUCCCCCUGACCCCAUCCGUCCCUUUUCUGUGACACGUUCAUCGCCCUCAGCACAGCACCCGCAGGACAUCACCAGAGACCUGCCGCACAUCUGUGUGUUUGCGUGUAUGUGUGGCUUGUCAGCUUCACACAGACAGAAUACUUAGCUCUAACUAGCCAUCUUUAAUGGAAGACUUCUAUAAAAACUAAUAUUGUUUUUUAAUCCUAUCUUUUUACCCUUAUUUUUCUAUCAUGGAGAACCCAAAAUUUGUGCUCCAGUCAGCGACCUUUAACUUUUGACAGUGAUGGAAGGAUACCGGAGGACCGCGGUGAUGCUUUUCCACAUUUCAACAGUUUAAGGGCAGUAAGAUCACCAAGAUCACUUUUUUUUUUUCCCUCCUUUUUCUGCAGUAUCUCAAAUUUGUAGAACACUUGUUACAGUUCAUUUCAGUGUUCACUUACAAACAUCCCCAAAGACGUAAAGUGCAGAGAGUGUUGUAAAAACAGUAUUGUGUCAGCAGGUCUGUUCUGUCAACUGUGUUUUGGGAAUUGCAGACAAGCGUCAUGAUGCCAGGUAAACGGAUGUGACUGCACCACGGUUACAAGUGGAAAAGACUGUGCAUGUAUCAAUGUAACGUGUGACCCGAGGUUUGAAUUGGUUGGUAAGAAUUUGGGGACAUUAUUAAUCAUAAUCAGCAAUUAUUUCAACCUCUGUACAAGGUGAAAAACAUCACUGACACGGCUGUACUUGCUUUCUAAACAUGUAGUCGAAGAUUAGAAGAACUAUUUUCAACUCGUUGGUUUUGAUGUUCAGUCGUUUUCACGUUAGGAUUGAUGCACUUUAACAAAACCUUGAACACAAAUUUGUGUUUUGUUUUAUUUCAAAUUUCACUUCAGAUUUUACACACUAGAGGUUCCACUGACUGUGGGGCUUCAGGGGACGUAGUCAUGUGUGCAAAGUGUAUGCAGAAAGGUUACUGACCUUUUAGGUAUUAUAUUUAUUAGAGGAUGAACGCUGAUCAGACCGUGUUAUAAGAGGGUUUUAGAAAGGACGGAACACCACAUUGCUUUUUUUAAAACAUAUUUUAACAGCACCUAACCUACAUUUCGAGGAUUGUUCUUUUGUUGUCAAGUGUCUUUGUCCAGGUAGUAGGUUCUGAGUGUGACAAAUAACACGAUAGUUGAUGGGCUGCAAAGGAUUGCCAGGCGUCCUGUUGUUUUAUGUUGAAUUUAUUUAAGUCGGAUGCAGGAUGAGAUGGCAUUUCAUGAAAAACUCCAGUCGUGUAACUGCAGUUUUUCCACUAAACAUGUGGCAUCUUGUAACCCUGUUGUCAGAGUGAGUGGAUAGUGUAUCACUGUUCAUGUGUGUGUGCUAUUUGGGAUAAUUGGCAGUUUCCAUCUUAGCUUGUCAUGCUCAGUAAAUACAAUCUGUGUGUUUUUUUUGUUGUUGUUGUCGUUUAUUUCUCAUUUUGUGUUUCACAAAGUACGGACACUGACGACAAAACUAUUGUUAAAGCACCUUAAAAUAUUUUAUCAUUCAUUGUCCUUCACGUCACUCUCUGUCAUUCACUAUUUCAGCUGGCGUGAGAACACGUGUGUGUGUGUGUGUGUGUGUGUGUGUGUGUGUGUGUAUGUCUGUGGUGUUUUUGUAAGCCUUUUGUAUGAGAGCUGUAAAAUGGCCAACAUCCACUUGCUUUAUAAAGUCAGCUUUUUCUCACCCACCAUCACAUUUGGUUUCCUCUCUUUCUUCACAUUUCCUUCAUCAGUGGUGCUAAUUCCCACUUUUCUGAAAGCUGUUAUUGUAGCCAGGCUUGUAGGCCUCUUUUUUUUUUGUUUGUUUGUUUGUUUGUUUUUUGCUCCAGUUAUCUGUAAGAGUCGGUGAGGUAUUUAAACUGAAGUUACUGUAGGUAGAUCGAACAGAGUUGGUGAUUGCUGCCUUACAUCCAACUCAAUAAGUUAAUAGCCAUGUAUAUGUAAACCUCUUCUGUGAUGCAAAAAAUUAAUUUAUGCAUAUGUAGUCUAGAAAACACCAAGAAAUUGUAUGAAAGUGUGCGGAGAACAUAAUCAUCAGUGUUGAAACAAACAGUAGGCCUCUUGUCUGCCUUUGAUACAUCCAUAAGAACAGAUUUAGACAUGAAUUUGACUCCUGAUAUGUUUAUACCUGUAAUGAAAAUGUAAAUCUUAUGUUAUUCAUGUUAAUAUCAAACUCAAUGCACACUCUUGGACCUUAGUAUUUCUACAGUAUCUUAGCAUUUGUUGGAUGAUUUUAUGAGGCUGUGUUGCUAAUAAAAUCCAGCUGGUAGAUCAAA